AUGAUCUGCCGGUGUCAGGAGACACAGCCCGAUCGUAAACUGCUAAAAGGUUGUCGUCGUCUCCAGAACGUCGAUGUCCACCCGAUGAUCGUGAUGCUGCGAUCGGAUCAAAGAACCGUCACGAUGAAAGCAUCUCGAUUCACCUGCAAGUGGAAAGCGGAAUGAUCGCCUGAACAAAGAACCUCCUCCUCCUCCUCCUUCUCCUCCUCCUCCUCAUCCUCCUCCUCCUCCUCCUUCUCCUCCUCCUCCUCCUUCUCCUCAUCCUCCUCCUCCUCCUCCUCCUCCUCCUCCUCCUCCUCCUCCUCCUCCUCCUCCUCCUCCUCCUCCUCCUCCUCCUCCUCCUCCUCCUCCUCCUCCUCCUCCUCCUCCUCCUCCUCCUCCUCCUCCUCCUCCUCCUCCUCCUCCUCCUCCUCCUCCUCCUCCUCCUCCUCCUCCUCCUCCUCCUCCUCCUCCUCCUCCUCCUCCUCCUCCUCCUCCUCCUCCUCCUCCUCCUCCUCCUCCUCCUCCUCCUCCUCCUCCUCCUCCUCCUCCUCCUCCUCCUCCUCCUCCUCCUCCUCCUCCUCCUCCUCCUCCUCCUCCUCCUCCUCCUCCUGCACCGGCCACGGAAGCGGGAAGAAAGUGGUCAACAUUAGGCUGGCAACAAUUCGGAUUCCGGUACGCCCCUCAGAAGCCUGGCUGCGACGCCGAACUACUCCACCACAUCUUCAGCCACCUCGGACAAGGACAACGGACGACAAGGGAAGCGGCUCGGCCAACAUCAUCCACGUACCAGUCUGGGUUGUUCCACGAUAACAACACACACACUUUGUACACUCUACCACCACAAAACUCUAAUCUAAAAUUCUACAAUUCUAAUUUCAAAAGUUCUAUAAUUCCAAAACCCUAAA